UGUGGAAAUUUGCACACAAACAAAACGACACAAAAAAAAAAUAAAGAAAGGAAAAUAAAAAGAGAACCUCAUAGCAACGGGGUGCCCCAAACAAACAAGGGAGAAAUAAGAGGCCUAUCAAAUCGAUAGCCAAGAAAGGAAAAUUUAAGGAAAAUUCAAGACAAGAUGCCACAGGGACAACCAGCAUCAGCAACACAACACCAGCAAAAGCAGCAGCAGCAACAACAACAACAGCAGCAACAACAACUCGAUGACGAAAUCGAAAAUGUUCGUGUGGUGGUGCGAGCUCGUCCCAUGGACAAAAUGGAAUUAUCCUCAUCCUCAACGGGCAGCGGUGGUGGGGAGUGUGCCAUAACGGUUGAUAAAAUCAAUCGUGCAAUAACCGUAACGAAACCAAACUCCACCGCCAAUGAGCCACCGAAAACAUAUUACUUUGAUAAUGUAUUCGAUGGGAGCUCCAAUCAAUUGGAUCUCUAUGUGGAUACAGCCAGACCAAUUGUCGAUAAGGUAUUGGAGGGUUAUAAUGGCACCAUCUUGGCCUAUGGCCAAACGGGUACUGGAAAAACGUAUACCAUGUCCGGGAAUCCAGAUUCACCGCAAACCAAAGGCAUUAUACCAAAUGCAUUUGCCCAUAUAUUUGGACAUAUAGCCAAGGCCAAGGAGAAUCAAAAGUUUCUGGUACGUGUCAGUUAUAUGGAGAUUUAUAAUGAAGAAGUAAGAGAUUUACUUGGAAAAGAUGUUAGCAAAAGUCUGGAGGUGAAAGAGCGACCCGAUAUUGGUGUCUUUGUUAAGGAUUUGAGCGGAUAUGUUGUACAUAAUGCCGAUGAUUUGGAGAAUAUAAUGCGUUUGGGUAAUAAGAAUCGUGCUGUCGGUGCCACCAAAAUGAAUCAGGAAUCGUCAAGAUCUCAUGCCAUAUUUUCGAUAACUGUUGAACGCAGCGAACUUGUAGAGAAUGGUGGCCAACAUGUACGGAUGGGCAAGCUGCAAUUGGUCGAUCUGGCCGGAUCGGAACGUCAGUCAAAGACUCAGGCAAACGGACAACGUUUGAAGGAGGCCACUAAAAUCAAUUUAUCCUUGUCGGUAUUGGGUAAUGUGAUUAGUGCUCUGGUUGAUGGCAAAUCCACGCAUAUUCCGUAUCGUAAUUCAAAGUUGACACGCCUACUGCAGGAUUCACUGGGCGGCAAUUCAAAGACCGUAAUGUGUGCCACUAUAUCGCCAACGGAUUCGAAUGUUAUGGAAACUAUAUCGACUCUACGUUAUGCUAGUCGUGCAAAGAAUAUACAAAAUCGUAUGCACAUCAAUGAAGAGCCCAAGGAUGCUCUGCUACGUCAUUUUCAAGAGGAAAUCGCCCGUCUGCGUAAGCAACUCGAAGAAGGUAGCUUUGAGGAGGAUCUCCGUUCCACCGAAGAAGAUGACGAAGAGGAUGAAGAGGAUGGUAUAGAAGAGCCUCAGGAUCUAGAAUUGACACCAUCAUCGAAUACCCUACAGAAGGCACAAAAGAAAAAGCGUGAAAAGACCGACGAGGAGAAGGAGGAGAUAACUCAGCGUAAAAACGAACAUUUACGUGAAAUUGAGCAUGCGAAAAGCGAACAAGAACAAUUGCGCAAUAAACUGGUCAAUCUCGAAGGCAAAAUAUUGGUGGGCGGUGAGAAUCUCUUGGAGAAGGCUCAGACACAAGAGAAACUGCUAGAGCAGUCCAUAGCCGAGCUGGAGGAGCGUGAAAAGUCAGAAGAGGCGCUGCGUCAAACCCUCCAGCAGAAGGCCACCGAGCGUAUUGACAUCGAGGAGCGUUAUUCAUCGCUUCAAGAUGCCAGCACCGGGAUAACAAAGAAAAUUCAUCGUGUCAUGCAAAUGUUGAUGGGUGUUAAGUCUGAACUUCAGGAUCAGCAGCAGGAACAUCAACGCGAAAAGGAGGGAAUCUACGAGAAUAUACGCAGUCUAUCCCGGGAAUUGGCCCUAUGUGAGCUUGUGCUUAAUUCAUAUGUACCCAAGGAAUAUCAAUCGAUGAUCAAUCAGUAUACCCAUUGGAAUGAGGAUAUCGGUGAAUGGCAAUUGAAAUGUGUGGCAUAUACUGGUAAUAAUAUGCGCAAACAUAUAUCCGCCCAUAAAUCGAAUGGCAAAGAACCAGAUUUUGUUGAUCUAUCGCAUGUCUAUCUUAGCUAUAACACGGAUAGCGUUUCGAAUCCUUUGCGUUCGAAAUCGGCGGCCAGGCCAAGGACCUCGGGUGUCCCUAGGCCAACUACAGCUAGGCGUUAUUAAGAAAACUCCCUCCCCUUCCCUCCCCAAACCCCGAUAGACCAUUCAUCCAUCCAUUGAUUCAUUUAUCCACUCCUGUAGUUUUAUUUAUCCCCUCCCCCCACUGUCUAUCUCUCGCUCUCUCUUUCUCACUCAUCAUUGUUUUGUUUUUAAUUUGC